AUGGUGUUCUUUUCCGUUCAUGCUACUUAUUACGGAGAAAUUGAGAAAAUUGGAGUGGUGAAUGAAUUUUCUGAAGUAUUUUCAGAAGAAAUGUUUGGAUUACUGCCUGAGCGAGAGGUGGAAUUUUCUAUUGACCUUAUGCUUGGAAAAGAACCCAUAUCGAAAGCUCCUUAUCAAAUAUCUCCAUCAGAGUUGGCAAAGCUAAAGAAACAAUUGAAGGAAUUACUAGAAAAAGGGUUUAUAAGACCGAGUGUGUCCCUGUGGGGAUCACCAAUGUCAUUUGUGAAGAAAAAGGAUGAUAUAUUUAGUGAUCACAAAAGUCUGAAGUACUUAAUGGAUCAAAAGGAACUAAACAUGAGGCAACGCAGAUGGAUGGAAUUUCUCAAGGACUACAACUUUGAGAUCAAGUACCAUCCGGGUAAAGCCAACGUAGUGGCAAAUGCAUUAAGCAAGAAAACGAAAGAGUUGAGAACUACUCAAUUUGAGGACGAGUAUCUACUUAGGAACCAUGAGGAUAUUGAAAAGAGGAGACCUACAGAGUUUGAAUUCAAUGAUGAUGGAUUUAUGACUUAUCGGGAUCGAAUUUAUGUGCUAAGUGAUGAGGAGGUAAGAAAGACGAUCCUAGAGAAAGCACACCGUAGUGAGUAUACUAUUUACCCUGGUGUCACUAAGAUGUAUCAGGAUAUGAAGCAAAUAUGGUUUUUGAGGGUCAUGCUAAUGACUGGCAUUGGUAGAUUGAUAAAGGCUAAGAAAUUGGCUCCCAUAUUUAUGGGUCCCUUUGAGAUUUUAGAGAAGUUGGGACCUACUGCCUAUCAAAUUGCCUUACCACCGAGCUUAUCAAGUGUACAUGACGUGUUUCAUAUUGUAGAUGUGAAAGAUCGACAAUUGAGGAACAAGACCAUUCAAUUGGUUAAGGUCUUUUGUAAGGGUAUGACUCUCGGUGAUAUAACUUGGGAGAUCAAGGAUAAGAUAAGGCAACUGUAUCCCCAAUUAUUUACACAGCAUAUACUUCGAAAAAAUCUGAAAGGGAAUGAUGAAUUGAUAUGUGGUCCCAGGAGGGAAAGUGGUAUUGGGAGAGAUGAAGACGAUGCGUCAGGACACUUGAGAGACCCUAAAGUCAGUAUUCCUAACUGCUCUGCUCUUCAGGCGUUGAUGUUGCUUUUUUCUUGUGGGUCCCAUGCAUGGGUUUUAGCUUUCGCAUUGUAUCUGGUUCUCUAG